UAAUUGCCUGUACCAUUUUAUAUAUACGUACUGGGAUAAACUAAUUCUCAUCAUUCUUUGAGAAUCGAAUUCUCUGCCAAUAUGAGUCAUGUUAUCAAAAUUCUCCAUACGACCUUCGGACUUUUUGGAAAUGUUUUUGGCAUAUUACUCUUCUUGGCACCCUUAAUUACAUUCAAAAGGAUUAUCAUGAAGAGAUCAACAGAGAAAUUUUCGGGCGUGCCAUAUUUAAUGAGUCUCUUCAACUGCUUGUUCUCAGCUUGGUAUGGUCUGCCUUUUGUGUCACGGAACAACACGUUGUUAACAGUACUGGCUUCUAUUGGUGGUGGCUUGGAGGCAAUCUAUGUGUUAAUUUUCAUCAUUUUUGCACCAAAGAGGGAGAAGCUUAAGAUCUCUGGAAUUCUGUUUGUGGUUCUUUCCAUAUUUUCAAUCGUUGCUUUGGUCUCUGUGUUAACACUCCAUGGCAAUAAAAGAAAGCUCCUUUGUGGCUUAGCUUUUGCUAUUACCUGUAUUAUGAUGUUUGGUGCUCCUCUUACUGUUAUGAGGCAAGUGAUCAAAUCUAAAAGUGUGGAAUACAUGCCAUUCCUCUUGUCACUAUCUGUAUUCAACUCUAGUACCUCAUGGGCAAUCUAUGGCAUACUCGGAAAGGAUCCCUUCAUUAUUGUACCAAAUGCAAUUGGAACUUUAUUAGGAUCAGUGCAGUUGAUUUUAUAUGCAAUUUAUCGCGAUAACAAAGGUGAAGGUAAGAAAGACGACAUGGACGCUUCAAUCGAAACAGGGCUUGGAAAACCCCAAGAAAAGAAGCUAGAUCGCAUUCAAAAUGAGAUACAGAAAAAUAUACCUGAGAAAAAUAUGGAAGCAAGUAAGAUGGAUUAUGAACUAUAGCUGGAGGGAAGUACAUUAUUUGAGCAAGGUGUUUGGUUUAUUUGCAAUUAAGAACAUUUUAGUGUUAGCUAGUUCGUGUUAGAAUGAAUCAUUUGAGCCACCAAUUAUGUAUAAAUCAUAAUAGGAGUAUCCCUUAAUCAGACACAAAUCAUCAAAUCAAUUUGCAAUUUCAGCUUACUAUUGUUCCUUUUUCUCUUGGUUUCAACUAUUUCAGAUCUCUUGGA